GCUCCACCUUUUCAAGCGGUUCAGUGACCUCAGCAGUGGGCUGGAUUGGAAGGGUGGGAUUUCCAGGCGGCUUCGAGUGAGCUGAGCUGAGCUCUGUGUAUUCCUGCCUCUCUAUUUUAGGAUCUAUGCGGCUUCAACGAUAGCAUAGACGGACCAGUUGCACCUUUUAAUAGCCAUAAAACUGCACACUGGAUCUUUUUUCUACAUGCGACUCCAAUCGGAAUAAAUAAUUGAGGAAUGUGGAAAUUACAGAAUGCCCAACAGCGCUGGAAAGAGAUUUAAACCCACCAAAUACAUCCCAGUGUCCACUGCUGCCACACUCCUUGUGGGAUCGACCACUUUAUUUUUCGUCUUCACGUGCCCCUGGUUGACAAAGGUGAUCUCUCCCGCUGUGCCCCUCUACAAUGGCCUGGUCUUCCUCUUCGUCUUGGCCAACUUCAGCUUGGCAACCUUCAUGGACCCUGGUGUUUACCCCAGAGCGGACGAGGAUGAGGACAAGGACGAUGAUUUCCGAGCGCCGCUCUACAAGAACGUGGAGAUCAAGGGCAUUCAGGUCCGGAUGAAGUGGUGCGCCACCUGUCACUUCUACAGGCCGCCUCGCUGCUCGCACUGUAGCGUCUGUGACAACUGUGUGGAGGACUUCGACCACCACUGUCCCUGGGUGAACAACUGCAUUGGUCGGAGGAACUACCGCUACUUCUUCCUCUUCUUGCUGUCGUUGAGCAUCCACAUGGUGGGAGUUUUCUCCUUCGGCCUCAUCUUCGUCCUCCACCACCGAGAUAGACUGGCAGCCCUGCACACCACUGUCACUCUGGUGGUGAUGUGUAUAGCGGGCCUUUUCUUUAUUCCAGUCAUGGGACUCACAGGUUUCCAUAUGGUGCUUGUUGCCCGAGGGCGAACAACCAAUGAACAGGUGACGGGCAAGUUUCGUGGAGGAGUAAAUCCCUUCACCAGGGGUUGCUGUGGCAACGUGGAGUAUGUCUUAUGUAGUCCCCUGGCACCUAGGUACACGUCGGACCCCAGGAAAAAGCCCAAUGUCAAAAUUCAGCCCCCAUUUAUCAGACCUGACCUGUCGGAGAGGCAAAUCACCAUCAUGAUCAGCGACAACGGCAUCCACAGCACCAUCAUCAGCUCCAAGUCCAAAAGCAGCCUGGACGGCUUGGACGAGAAAGAAACCCAGCCGCCGCUGCCGCCUAAAGCUGACAGGUACAACCAGCUGAAGAGCCAGGUGGCAUCCAGCGAAGAUAGUUCUCUUCCUGGUAAGACCCACCCUUCCACUCCAGCCAUGUACAAAUACAGACCGUCGUUUGGCACCAUACCUAAAGUCCACUACCACACAGCUGGAGAGAAGAUUAUCAUGCCAGAUGAGCGGAAGACCUCAGCCAUCUUGGAAGAGGGUGUCCGUGGUCAUGACUACCGCUCUGAGCCAAACCUGGACCUGCCGGAGUACACCAACGCUCCCCUCCACCGCACCUUCCAGUCCUCUCCCCACCAGCUGGACUCUGACCCCGUCAACUCCCGCUCUCUCAGCCUGAAGCAGGGGCACCGCCGGCCGGAGAAGGGCCAGCUCCCAGCCCUGCAGCCGCAGGCAGUCACCUCCACCCCGUACAAGAGCGUCUUCUCGCCCAACACGCUCUCCAACCGUAAUGGCAGCUUGUCUUAUGACAGCCUGCUCAAUCCCAGCAUCUCCCCAGCCACUGCCAGUGAGUGCAUGGCCCACCGUGGUAUGCCCUCCGUGGGGUUCCACUCACCCUACCUGCCCACCAAAAUGUGCCACAUCCGAGAACCUGAAAUGCAGAGGCACCAGGUCGCCACCACCUUCAGUCCAGUGAUGCCACCCAGGGGGGUGGGCAGGCAAUCCCCUCACCUAAAGGACAGGGACCCAUCCCCGGUGCGCUACGACAACCUCUCCCAGACCAUCAUGGCCUCCAUCCAGGAGCGAAAGGAGAUGGAGGAGAGGGAGAAACGGCAGAUAGUGCAUGGGCGCUCCCAGACCCAUAUCUAUGCUCAGGACUCUGGUGUGUUCGAUGGGGGCUAUGGCCUACCCCCCAAUGCUUGUUACCCAGAUGGGCCUCGAGGCCCUGGCUCCAGAGGCCCAACACCCCCGGCCUAUGGAGGCUCCAGGGACAACCUCAUGGGGGUCGGGCUGGUGAGCUAUGGGCAACGAACCCCUGUGCUGCGUCAUGCCGGCUCCACACUGGGUCGUGCCCCUAGGACUUCAUCCACCUCCCUGCACACAGAUCACAGUAGCAGCAACAGCAGCCAGAGCAGGGCCACUUGCCCCGAGGGCCUCUAUCGUUCCCCGGCCCACCAGCCCCACUCCCCUGCCAUGCCCCGAUCCCCCUCCUACUCCCACCAGAAACUCUCCUACAUCAGUGCUCUUGAGAGGACAGACGCGCCUCGUCUAGGGGGCCCAAGAGAGGCCAUGAAAAUUAAUGGGCAGAUGGACUGCCACCCCAGUGCCCAGGGUUCCACCCUCAGCCCCAGUCGCCACAGUAACGUCAAAAAGGUGACAGGUGUUGGAGGCACCACAUAUGAGAUAUCAGUGUGAGCAGGGACAUGGCAUCCACCUACACAACGAACACCCUGCUGCAAGGAGAUUCUCUCACCUCUGUUAUUUUAGUGAAGUCUAGGUAACGGCCAGUCAGGGGCACAUAGCACUCCCUGUUUUGGAGUUAUUGUCCAAUCAGAGGCUCUGUCUGCCCUUGUGUGGGUCUGUCUAGCCAAAUGCCUGUGUGUUUGUACCGGAAAAGAACGGUUGUCAGUUAAUACCGCUGCAGGCUGUUGUGUGUGAGGAGUGUCUUGUCAUUAACAUUUUGUGGCUCAUCAUCUUGGUCGUAAGAGUGGACCUUUAAUGUUAUUACUGUUGUCUCUGAGCUGUGGUCAUGAAGCGUACGUUGUUCCAAAUGUCACACAAACCUUGCUCCAGAAAGCGCUGAAGGCUCAACAAAAACACAGAUAUACGGAUGAAUUAAACACUGACAUCCUCACUACGGACCUCUGUAGGAGACGAAUGUCCUUACCGAGUCAAUUGAUCUCAAAGAUAUCAAAGUGCUUCACAUUAAUUUGUACUGUUCAUGCCAUCUCCAGCAUAUUCGGUGGAGUUGUACAGCUUUGAGGAGUGAUUCAGGGCCGAUCAAUUGGAUCAGCACCAACUGCAUUUGCAGGCAACACAGGAUGAGUGAGGCGCGAAAAGGGGAUAUAGAGCGGGGAAAGUCAUCGUAUCAUGUCUGGUGGUUGCAUUCCAAAUUCAUUGAGAAAGACUUGCUUAAUGAUUAAAUUCCAAAGAAAUUUCUCAGGAAUGAAUGCAACCAGCAGAGAUGCUAGUUGAUAUAAAAUAAUACAUACUGUAUGGCUCCUUCUUUGUCUCAGAUUAAUAGGGCUCAAGUAAAGCUUAGCCCCAUUUAUUCCCUUCACAAAAGGUGCAGUACAUCAUCAUAGGCUUCUGUUUGUUUUAGUGAAGCUCAGUCUGAUUUCAACAUGACCCUUGACACAAGUGCUGAGCGUUCUGAAAGAUCAGAAUACCUCAUCCUAAGAGUUCAGAAUGAGUCCAGCCUUGCACAACCAAAACAACUUUUUUUUUUUUUUUUUUGUCUAAAAAAUAAAUGAAGAACCAUUGUUUCAAUGUUUAGUGUGUACGUUGUUAAUCAUAGGAUUGGAAUGGAUGGAAAGGUGUAGAGAAAUGAAGACUGGUCACCCAUUCAUUAUUUUGUAGUUUUCUUUUUAUAUAGCCAACCUUCCAAAGGCUAUGUUUGAUACAUAUUUUUUUAUACAGACAAUUAAGCCUGGAAUGGAUGUUUUAUUUUGAGUGGAUUUGUUUGUUGAUAAAUUAUAAAUUCAGUAAUUAAAAUGGUCAUAAUAAUGGGUCAAAUCCAUAAAGUAAAUUUAGCUUGUUCUAAUGAAGUGUAAUUAUGUGAUUUGAGGAAGUGAAAAGUCACAAUCUUUGACUAGUGAACAGUCACAUUGACUUGCCAAUGUGUGCUGUACCUAAGACAAGAAUUGGGCUUUCAGUAGAGGCUGCCUUGAGCAGUGCCAAAAGUGGAUACACACCCCUUUAUUUUUUUAAAGACAGUGGAUGGGUGACACCAAGAAGGAAAAUGUUAAAUCAAUCAACUUGCAGCAGCUGUCUGGAACAGCUCCAGUAUUAUCCCCCACUUUUAUUUUGCUGUUAAUUAAAAAAAAAAAAAAAGUCUCAAAACAUGUAUUACUUUUGAGAAAAUGAACUGAUAAUAUCUAAGUGAAAGGUCUUUGUUUAUAUUUUGCACCAAUAAAUA